AUGUCUGGAAAUGACUCGAAAAAGUUGAAAGUAGAAGUUCCACCUAAGACAAUCGGAACACAUUCAGGCACGUUUCAUUGUGAUGAAGUUCUAGCUUGCUACAUGCUUUCACAGCAUCCGGAUUUUCAAGACCAUAAAAUACUUCGUACUCGCAAUCAAGACUUAUUGGAUCAGUGCGAUAUUGUCGUUGAUGUUGGAGGCGUUUUUGAUAGCAACAAGAAACGCUUCGACCAUCAUCAAAGCACAUUUAAUGAGACUUUCUCUAGUCUACGUCCUGAGUUGGACAAAACCGAAGAUAUAAAAUUAAGUUCUGCUGGAUUAAUUUACGUUUAUUACGGCGAAACAAUAAUUCAGGAAAUUUUAAAGAAACUUAAUUACUCCACUUUAACUGCAACUGAACUUAGCAUAAUCUUUGUAAAAAUUUAUAAAGGCUUCAUUCGAGAAAUUGAUGGAAUUGACAAUGGAGUUCCACAAUUUGAGUCUGAGCCACGAUAUUCAAUCAGUACGCACUUAUCGAAUCGUGUAAAGAACUUCAAUCCGGAUUGGACCGAUACAAAAACUCCUGAAGAGAUUGAUGAAUUGUUUAAUCAGGCAAAAGCUUAUGUUGGAGAAGAGUUCCUCGAUAAAAUAAAGUAUUACGGAAGUAAAUGGUUACCAGCUCGUAAAAUUGUUGAAGAAGCUGUUGACAAUCGUUUCAAACUUCAUCUUUCUGGAGAAAUUAUUGAACUUCAGCGUUUUUGUCCAUGGCAAGAACACUUACGUCAAAUUGAAAAAGAAAUCGGAGGAAUCGAAAUAAAAUUUGUUAUUUGUGAUGGAGGCUCAAAUGACUUCAGAGUUCAAUGCGUACCUGUAAAAGAAGGUUCGUUCGUAUGUCGAAAAUUCUUAAACAAAAAAUGGUUCGGAAUUCGGAAUGAAGAAUUGGAAAAAGUUUCAGGAAUUGAUGGAACUGUUUUUUGUCAUGCAACAGGAUUUAUUGGAGGGAAUAAAACUCGUGAAGGCGCACUAAAAAUGGCUGAAAAAUCACUCACAGAUGAAGAUUAA